CUUGUGCUUAUCUGCUUAAUGUUAUCUAAACAGCUUCGGGAGCGAGACUAUGGUGGUAAUACUGAGUGUUGACACCAAGAUGGCCGCCAACACACCGUAACAUCUCGUCGGGGCAGCUCACACAACACAGUAGAGUUUUGUCAAAGAACUUCCUAAGAGAUGGUGGUGCGUGCGGGCGUGCUGCCGCCCGUGGUGGUGCUGGUGCUGUACGUGGUGGAGGUGGGGCUGGUGGUGGCGUGCGCCGCCCUCCACCUCCGGCGGGGCACGGACGCCUCCACCCUGUACGGCGGCCUUACUCUGGCCAUCUUCUGCCUCGCCGGCUGGGUCACCAACGGCUUCAACUUCUACCGACAUGAACGACGGAGAAUGUCUCAGAUCUCCAGACUCAAGUGGUCGUGGAAGGUGUUCGCUCUCGUCCUCCCCAGCCAAGCCCUCCUGGGAUGGAUAGUGAGGUGGAUCAGGACCCCCAGCAGCUACACCAAUGGUUACCGGGUGGUGACGCUAAGGCUCUUCUACUGCACAACCGGCUCUCUCGUCCAGGCCGUCUUCCAGGCCUACGUGAUCGUCGCCCUGUGGUGGGACGCAAGUGUUGAUCCAGCAGACUUUACAGUGAUGGUGACGGCGGCGGUGUUCCUGGCCUUGGCCGCCGUGCUAGGGGUCUGCUCCUUCAUCAGGACGCAAUACUUCGAGGAGGAACACGAGACGCCCCCCAUGAAACAUUUCCUCUUUGUCGUCAUAUCAGUCACUCUCAACAUGUGCGGACGGAUCGCGUCCAUGGCCAUGGUGGCCGCGGUCGUCAGCUGGACGUGGAUGGUGGCAGGCAUUGCCGCACCCAUCGUCUUCAAUUACGGCUUCUGUCUAUACAUCACGGACCCCCUCCAUGGCAAGAGUAAAGUCAGGCGGUUUGCUCGGUGUUUCAUGCCGCUGCCAAUCGCUAUGCUGUACUCGCUGAGCGUGUCGCCCAAGAAGAUCACCACGGUAGUGACCACCUGUCUCUGGCUGGGCAUGUCGCUGCCACAGGUGGUGGAACACCACGAUACUGUGGUGCAGGUAGCGGCCUGGGGAGUGCCCUUCCUGGCCCAGGUCUUGGCACUCAUCGUCAUGCUCUACAAAUGGAGUAUCUUAAAGAAAACAUUUACCAGGUUUGGACGACUACUUAGCGAGCAUAUUGAGAAGGAAAAAUCUAGACAAACAAAUGAAAAGAACUCAAAUAAAUUAGACGAUGAUCACCUAACUUAUUUGCCGAAAUAAAUAAAUUACUGUACUAAAUCUACGGAACUUGGAGAAGGAAAAAGUUCUUAUGAUAAUUAAAUAUAUAUAUGUUGUAAUAUGUUUUAAUUAAAUUGUCUAAGGCUUAACCCUUAGCCUGCGUCUCAUGUCAUGUAACAGAUCUUUACGGGAUCAAAUUGCACCACACGUCAUGUAAUGUUAAUUAAUAGGAAUUAUUAAGAAUUAGCUGCUACUUAUAAAUCCCUAUAAUUAUCACGAUAGCAUGUUAAUCUGGCUAUCACGUAUAACCAGGUGUAGCUAUCACGGGGGCCUGACAGCUGAGUGGACAGCACUUCGGAUUCGUAGUCCUGAGGUUCCGGGUUCGAUCCCCGGUGGAGGCGGAAACAAAUGGGCAGAGCUUCUUUCACCAUGAUGCCCCUAUUACCUAGCAG